ACCACGCGACGGUGAAUUGGAACUUCCCAGAUGGAGCCAGACAAUCUUGCAGUUCAUCAAGUUGACGACAGAUGGCAAAGUUAUCGUUUUUCUGCAUGAUAAACAGGAAUUCCCAGGCACACGUCAUCAAAGGACAGGGUGUUCCCCAAAACAGCAACAUGGCAUAUUUUUACUUACACGGUAUAAUAUUAGGGAUUUUUGCAACAAUUCUCAUCAGAACAGUCAAUUCAACCGAGGCAGCUUAUAGCAGUCUAUUUAGUCCGUUGUGUCGGUUCGAUUUGCCACCAUUGCCGUACGCCUUGGAUGAUCUGGAGCCAUUCAUCGAUGCGGCAACACUGAAAGUACAUCAUCAGGGCCAUCACAAAAGUUACACUACCAAACUGAACGCGGUCUUGGAGGACUGGAUUAUAGAAUGCAGCGAAUUCAACAAAAAUCUGGUACACAUUCUGCAGCAUAUUGAAGAAGUUCCCCUUGAUCAUAGGAAGUCUAUCAUAAACAAUGGCGGGGGAUUUGUAAACCACAACAUUUACUGGGCGAUCAUGUCGCCCAACCCUGGCAAGAAGGAGCGGUUCCCUGAGGGAAAACUCGCAGAUGACAUGAAUGAAGCGUUCGGAACGUAUGAAUCGUUCAAAGAGGAAUUUACCGGAAAGGCAUUGGCGCUUUUCGGAUCAGGCUACGUGUGGUUGUCUCGGAAAUCCACUCCCAAAGGCUCAACCCUCGUCAUCACGACAACAGCAAACCAGGACUCCCCCAUUUCAGACGGCCUCCGACCCAUACUCGUCAUCGAUGUCUGGGAACAUGCAUACUACCUCAAGCAUCAAAAUAUCCGUCAAAAGUAUGUUGCUGACUGGUGGAUGGUUGUAGACUGGGUUCAGGUAUCCAAGCUUGAUGAAUGGUGGGUUACGGAGGGCAGCAAGGACAAUAAAGACAAGGAAGAGAGAAAAGCAGGGAAAAGACAUGGUGAACUUUAGACUAUUAGACUAUUAGACUAUUAGACUAUUAGACUGAAAGCAUUUUUUAUAUUUUCCUUCCACACCCAUGUUUACAGGGCAGCAUUCAGGAAGUCGGAUGAUGGGAUGUGUGCGCCACUUACACCAACAUUAAACAUGUUUUCAAGAAAUGAACAUGCAUGUCCAAACAUGUACAAUUCGAAACAUGUUUGCUUGUGUUUGGCAACGUCCCCAUAUACAUGUACCAAACUCUCUCUCGCCAAAACGACUGCAUGUAUAUACAUUGUACGUAUCGAAUGUAUUCUGUGCGUAUUUAGGAAAUUGGAAAUAUUGAGCUUCAGUGCGAAUCUUUUAAUGAAGGAUGUAGGGCUUGAAAAACCUACACUCCGUUUCUGUUGAACACCGAACACACAAUCGGACGUCUUAACUUUGUUAAUACAUGCUUUAUUCAACAAAACUAAGCCUGACAUGUAUGUCUAACAUUUUGUCUACCGAAGGCGAACAGUUAAAACGCACACCCUAAGCAAAACAUUUAAAAAUGACUUGCAUGCGGUCAAAUUUAUUUACAGCUUGAAAAGCAGAUAAGGAUAAUAUCCUGUCAUUUUCACUAAUCAGAUGCGAGUGGUCUAAUUUGCUAUAUCAAGGAACAUCAACAAUGUAAAUUGCAUAUAUUAUACAAACAAAUAAAAAUAACAAGAAUGCCACUGUUUUAUUUAUCCU